CCAAUCUGCAUGAUAUGUGAAAUAACAUUGCUUCCUAUGGUGCCUGUUCACAUACACUAUAUUACCAAAAGUAUUGGGACACCCCUCCAAAUCAUUGGAUUCAGGUGUUCCAAUCACCUCCAUGGCCACAGGUGUAUAAAAGCAAACACCCAAGGCAUGUAGAUUGCUUCUACAAACAUUUGUGAAAGAAUGAGUCGCUCUCAGGAGCUCAGUGAAUUCAAGCGUGGUACCGUGAUAGGUUGCCACUUGUGCAAUAAGUCCAUUCGCAAAAUUUCCUCGCUACUAAAUAUUCCACUGUCAACUGUUAGUGUAAACAACUGGGAACAACAGCAACUCAGCCAUUUAUUGGGGCAAAGUAAAAUGACAGAGCGGGAUCAGAACAUGCUGAACUGCACAGUACGCAGAAGUUGCCAACUGACUGCA